UAUUACCGCCAUACCUCAUAACAGCAUCCUGAUCACUGCCAUACCCCAUACCAGCAUGCUGAUCACGGCCAUGCCCCAUGCCAGCAUCCUGAUCUAUGUCAUACACUAUACCAGCAUCCUGAUCUAUGUCAUACACUAUACCAGCAUCCUGAUCACAGCCAUACCCCAUACCAGCGCCCUUAUUACCGCCAUACCUCAUAACAGCAUCCUGAUCACUGCCAUACCCCAUACCAGCAUGCUGAUCACCGCCAUGCCCCAUACCAGCAUCCUGAUCUAUGUCAUACACUAUACCAGCAUCCUGAUUACCCCAUAUGCCAUACCAGUAUUCUAAUCAUAGCCAUGCCCUCAUCCUGAUACCAGCAUCCUGAUCACCCCAUAUGCCUUACCAGCAUCCUGAUCACUGCCAUACCCCAUAUCAGAGUCCUGAUUACCAUCAUACUCCAUACUAGUUUUCUGAUCACCCCAUGCCCCAUUCUAGCAUUCUGAUCACCGCCAUACCACAUACCAUUUUUUCAUUAUUGGCAAUCAAAUACCACCAA